CAUUGUUUUUAGUACUCUCCAACAAGAAGAGGUAAAGUCCCAGGCUUCUCUCCUGACCACCGAAACAUCACUGAAACCAAGAAUGAUGGAACACAGAGGGUACGGUACUUCAGUUCUGCUGCAAAUUUUCUCCAUUUCUUGUCUUCUGCUUCUCUCCUUUUCAGGAUCUGUUACAGCUUACAAGAACUACACAGUUGGUGACUCCUUGGGCUGGUAUGACACCCUUGAAAAGCCUAGUGUAAACUACCAGAAAUGGGCAGAUACCAAAAACUUCAGCUUGGGAGAUUUCCUCGUCUUUAAUACGGAUAAUAAUCAUUCAAUAGUGCAAACAUACAAUUUCACCAUAUACAAUCUCUGUGAUUAUGAGGAUGCUCUUCAAAACGAUACCACGGAAUGGUCGGCGGCCGAUCCAUCGGCCACGGCGCCUCAUCCAGUAUCAGUAGCAGUCCCUCUAAUGAAGGAAGGGAUGAACUAUUUCUUCUCUAGUGAUUAUGAUGGUGAGCAAUGCAAAAAUGGGCAGCAUUUCAAAAUAAACGUGACUCAUGGCCAAGGAUUGCCCAAGAGCCUAGAAGAGCCAUCGGAUGAUGCCCCAGCUCCCAAUAGUCCUGAUUUUGGAAGUGAUGAUUCUGCUCCGGAUACCAUUGUGCCUUCAAACUUCAACCAUCCCAUUGAAGAGGAAAGUGAUAAGAACGAGGAUUCUGGAUCCCUUUCUUUACUUUUCAAUUUCUUGGACAGGAAAUUGAAUGGCUUUUUAAUAUUGUUCGGAAUUGUUUGCAUAUUUUGAAUUUGUUUUUUUUUCUUUUCUAUAUUCUUUUUCUCCUUUAUAAAAUAAAAUUAACCUCCUUAUUCUUAUGAUUUUACUUGUGACUUGUGACUGUACGAGUAUUUGAGGAAUACAUUUGGUAAUUGGUAUUGUAAAAUAAAAAUAAUUUAUUAAUUUAUUGUUUUGCAUGAAUGGGCCAGAAGUUGUAGUUAGACGUAGGAAAUAUUUUUUUAUUUUAAAUUCGAGGUUUA